CCCCGGCGGCGCGGCGCGGCGGCAUGGGCACCCGGCAGACCAAGGGCAGUCUGGCGGAGAGAGCCAGCCCCGGCGCGGCGACCGGCCCCCGCCGCGAACGGCCGGACUUCUGGGCGUCGCUGCUGCUGCGCGCCGGGGACAAGGCGGGGCGCGCGGGCGCCGGCGUGGGGCUGCCCCCCUACCACCGGCGCGUGGGCAUGGUCCAGGAGCUGCUGCGGAUGGUGCGCCAGGGCCGGCGGGAGGAGGCGGGGACGCUGCUGCAGCACCUGCGCCAGGACCUGGGCAUGGAGUCGACCUCCCUGGACGACGUCCUGUACCGCUACGCCAGCUUCCGCAACCUGGUGGACCCCAUCACUCACGACCUCAUCAUCAGCCUGGCGCGCUACAUCCACUGCCCCAAGCCGGAAGGCGACGCUCUAGGCGCCAUGGAGAAGCUGUGCCGGCAGCUGACAUACCACCUCAGCCCCCACUCCCAGUGGAGGCAGCACCGGGGGCUGGUGAAGAGGAAGCCGCAGGCCUGCCUAAAGGCUGUCCUGGCCGGGAACCCUCCAGACAACACAGUGGACCUGUCAGGCAUCCCGCUGACCUCCCGAGACCUGGAACGGGUGACCAGCUACCUGCAGCGAUGCGGGGAGCAGGUGGACAGCGUGGAGCUGGGCUUCACAGGCCUCACGGAUGACAUGGUCCUGCAGCUGCUGCCAGCACUCAGCACCCUGCCCCGCCUCACCACACUGGCACUCAACGGCAACCGGCUGACCCGGGCCCUGCUGCGAGAUCUCACAGACACCCUUAAGGACCCCAGCAAGUUCCCCAACGUCACGUGGAUUGACCUGGGCAACAAUGUGGACAUCUUCUCUUUGCCCCAGCCCUUCCUGCUCAGCCUGCGCAAGCGCUCCCCAAAGCAGGGCCACCUACCCACCAUCCUGGAGUUGGGCGAGGGACCAGGCAGUGGGGAGGAGGCGCGGGAAGGGACAGUGGGUCAGGACCCUGGGGGGGGUCCUGUGGCACCUUCCAAAGACCAUCAUGAGGACAAGGAGACUGUAGCUGCAGGCCAGACAUGACACACAAGUGAGGGCCUCACCAGGGAACCCUUGUGGGGUACAAUGACCAGGGCAGAGGUCAGGGGUCCUCGUGCUAGGAGGCUCAGGCUAUCACCAAAACUGGCCUGGGUAACCCACCCACAGAAACGCAGACAGUAGCAACCAAGAAAGGGGGAAUUAUACUUCCUGUUCCUCUCCAUCUGCCCCCUAUAAUUCCCCCUACCAGCCUUUCUGGCUUGAAAGUCAUCCCUGUCUAGAGGCUCCUGACACCCCUCACCUCAGCCCUUAGCCUCCCCAAAGAAUUACGGGAGCAGGCAUAUGGCUUUAGCCAAUGUGAACGCCAAGAACUUUCCCCCAGAGCAGUUGUGCCCCUACAAGUAACCCAGGAUUUUCCUGUGAAACACUUGUUUUAUCUGGAGGAGUAAACUCCAUCCAGAUGCUGAAUGUGUCCCCACUCUAGGGAGAUUACCAUCUUCACAACUCCCAACUGAGGAACCUGGGGGGAGAAGCCGAAUUCCAUCUAUGCUGAGGGUGGUCUACCUGCUCAUGGAGCCUUGGGCUCCUUGGAACUGACCUGUGACAGGCGCCUGCCCAGAGAGCCAGCAACCACUACAUCCCUCAACACCUAGUGCUGUGUGGCAGUGCUCAGGGCACACAGGGCAUGCGUGGAAAGGCCCAGUAAGAAACCCAUCCCCCCAAAACUGCCAGGCCUUCACGUGGGACUCAGUGUCCUUAGCAUGAAAGCCAGAGAUGAGUUUUGCUUCCUUCCCAUCAUACUUGCCAUCAACCCAUACUUUGAGAACAUUCCUUAAGACCUACUACAGAAGGCUCUUAAAAAUCCAGGACCAUGAAGUUGAGUCCAAAUUCUUGGUAGACCCAAGUAAGAUGGCUGGGGAAGUCACCUGGAGGCUCCAAAGAGAGCCUAAUUUGGCACCGGUUUUCACCUACAUCAUCUUCCCCCUUCUCCCCCUCCUCUCUAAUCCAAACACUUCUAGCCUCUACCAGUUAAGAGUCCCAAACUAUACACAACAGGUAGCCCCUAGUCCUAAAAGUAUGGUUUAGUCCAAGGAGACUGGGAGCCAAUCAUUCUUACCCAGAAAAACAGAACAACCUGAUGGCCCUCAAGCCUGGUAGGCAAGAUUCCAGCAAAAUGAACCUACACUCUGGGCCUUGCAUGCCAGUAAGGGUUUUAGCUGGGAGUGAUUCAAAUGCUUCAGGAGCUAGAGGGAAGCCAUGAAAAGGGACAGAGCCCAGAGGCAGCAGGGAUUAGAAUCAAGUGUGUAGAUGCCUUAGAUGCUCUGGAAUUUUUGCCCUCAAAACCUGAAGUUGUUAACAGCAAAAAGCUUUCACUACAGGGAAUCGGAACUGCUGAUACCCGACAGCAGUAGUCAAAUUUGCUUUUUCUUCAAAUACACAUUUUUAAGAAUCAA